GCUUAUUUUCAAAAGGCUGCUGAAAACCACUUCCAAUACUGAGGCAAUCUUCUGGUCUUCGUUUUAGCUUGAUGCAUUUGUCGCCAAUACUUUAUGUCGCUGUCAGGUAGUGAUUCAGACGAACACUCGAUAAAAAUGCAAUUAUAUCAUUCGAACGCCGACAGGUUGUGAAGGAAUGGAGAUAUUUACACUUAGGUUACAAAAGCGUGCUAUUGUUGUGAAUUACUUUUACUAUCAAAAACUAUCUGGAGGUUUAAUAACCAUUGUUGAGUUGUUAUUAGCAUUUCGUUAGACGCGAAGUAUAAGGACAAUCCUUCGCUCACGUGACUGCUAUGAAAAUCUAUUUUUUGCGCUGACCUGUAUGGGCAGAGGCAUCUCCAUCUCGACCAUGCCAGCAACUUUGAUGGCCACAAGCUCGUCAUCUUUGCCAGAAGGGCCUCCUACUAGCGUAUAUAUGGGAAGAUACAACGGAAAUGACCUCAACGGAAGUGCAAAUGCCCGAACUUUCAACAAAUCUAAGCGGCGGGCUGCUCAGCAAAUAUAUACCUCCCUUGAACCAUCUCAGGAGCAAGGACCACUUUCUGCAACAGUGACGGCAACUGCUACUGAGGGAAACGGAACUGCUCACAAGAGAAGCAUGAGCUAUGAUAUACACACCAAUGGGCAUGAGCUACAAAGCAAUGAAAAAUUGCCGACUCUUAAUGAGACAGGAGCGGCCCCUCCAUAUUAUGACGUUACUGACGAGAAAGACAUACAUAAACCAAAUCCAUACAACCGAAGCUCCUUCAUAGAUUCAACGAUCUCACGAUUCAUAUCACGACCAGAAACACCCACUCUUUCAACUCGGCAUACCGAAGCAGACACUAGGACUUGGUCUCUACCUAGCCUCUCAGGGCAUUUCAACAUAUCACUUUCCGACAACUUCAAAUUUAUAAUACUAUGCUUGAUGUGGUACAGCACCUCAGCUUUUACCAACAACAUCGGAAAGCAGAUUCUUAUGCAGUUUCGCUAUCCCGUUACGUUAACCUAUGUUCAGUUCGGGUUGGUAGCGCUAUCCUGCUUUGUUCUUACCCGAAUUACGGGUAUUACGCAGAUAAGAAAGCCGGAUAUGGCAAUUAUCAAAACUGUACUCCCUUUAGCAGGAUUUCAAAUCGUUGGACAUGUCUUCUCUAGUGUGGCCAUCUCUCGCGUUCCUGUCAGUUUAGUUCACACUAUCAAGGCUCUGUCACCAUUGUUCACCGUGUUACUGUACCGCUUCCUCUUUCAAGUUCAAUACGCUUCUGAAGUCUACAUUUCCUUGCUGCCAUUGACUCUAGGUGUCAUUUUGGCUUGUUCAUUUACUUUUACCACCAAUGUGCUUGGCCUUCUAUGUGCGCUCGGAUCCUGCUUGGUGUUUGUUCUGCAAAAUGUCUUUAGCAAGAAGCUUUUAUUCAAGGAAAGUGGCUCUCAUCCAAGGCGUACCGAUAAGCUAGACAAGUUGAACUUGUUGUUCUACUCCUCAUUGCUGGCGUUUAUAUUGAUGACACCGCUAUGGUUCACGUCGGACGGAUAUGUCAUUUUUGGAAGUCUCGCCUCCGGCCAAGCCCUCACUCACGGCUCGCUUACCACAUCGGUUGUUAUUGCCUUUGUGCUCAAUGGCACUAUGCACUUUGGUCAAAAUUGGUGUGCUUUCACGACUUUAAGUUUGACAUCUCCUGUCACUUACUCCAUCGCCUCCCUUGUCAAGCGUAUUUUCGUCAUCGUCGCCAGUAUCAUUUGGUUUGGCCAACAAGUCAGCUUCGUCCAAACUAUUGGUAUAUUGUUGACGUUCAUUGGUCUAUGGAUGUAUCAAAGUGCAAAGCAAGAUGUUGACAGAGGUGAAAGCAAGAUUCGAGAAAAGGCUCUCGGUGGAACACUACCUACCAGCCAAACUGAACGACCAGCUUUCGAUACCAAUACUUCGAAUUUCGGCUGGAAUGACCUCAGUCGCUCAGUACAAGGGUUUGGUGGUAGUAUGUUUUCACGGAUAAAAAGACAACCUACUCCAGACCUUGGAGUAAAGUCUCUAUAGAAUGCAUUUUUUUUUU